GCGCCCAGCUGAGGCGCCCCCGUCUCGAGGGCGGGGCCAGGGCGGAGCCCGGAGUCCUGCCUGCAGGUGCAGGGGGCGUUGCCCGGCCCUGCCCCCGGGGACAGUUCUUGGAGGCCAGGGGCGGGUCAGAGAAGCGGCCGGUGCAGGCUACGCCUUGGAACCCGCGGACGGCGACUGCAGCUACAGGUGCCGCGCAGGGCGGUGUGUCCCAGCUCUGGGCAUCAAAACUCCAGCGCUGGGAGCUACGGCUUCCCAGCUGCUCCCAAACCUGGACACCGAGGCCCCCGGGCCGGAGAGCGAAGCCCUGGGGUCGUCCGAAGAGCGGGGCCCUGAGCCCCCCGGGUUAGACAGAGAAAUUCCCGGGCCUGCCGCAGAGCAGGAUACCGAGGUCCCCAGGCCAGGAGGCGAGGUCCCCGUGCCCUCCCCAGACCAGGGCGCGGAGACCCCCGAGCAAGAGAGCGAAGUCCUCGGGCCAUCAGCGGGGCAGGAGGCAGAGCGCCCUGGACCGACCGCAGCUGAGGACUUUGAGAGUCCUGGGCGAGGCAGCGACGACGCUGAACCGUGUGAAGCGCGAGGCGCGGGGCUCCUGGAGCAGUGUCCCUCUCAAGGUCCGGAAACCUCCUCUGAGUCAAACUCGGAAUCCCCCCAGCUGCGUUUUCUACUGCGAUCCGAGACCCCACAACAGCCCCCAGAGCAGCCGCUCAUGGAGACGCCCAUCGAGCGCGAAAUCCGCCGCAGCUGCGAACGCGAGGAGAGCCUGCGCCGGAGCCGGGGCCUGAGCCCAGGUCGCGCGGGCCGCGAACUCGUCGAACUGCGUGUGCGGCCGGUGCUCAGCCUGCCGGGCCCCGGCUCCGCGCUCCCGCGCGCCUUGGAGCGCGCUCGGGCGGGCGCGCAGAUGCAGCGAGACAUCGAGCGGGAGGCCCAUCGGCAGGCGGCGCUAGCGCACCCCGAGAUCCCAAAGCAGCGCGCCCGGCAGCCGCCUCAGCCGCUGGGCGAGCUCAAGCGCUUCUUCGAGGCUGCCGGCGGGUGCGGCUCCUCGCUGGCGGCGGAGGGCAGCGCGGACCCGCAGCGGCUGCCUGAGCCCGGAGGUCGGCCACGUUCAGUCGUGCAGAGCCGGUGCCCGGUGCUGGCCCGCGCCCCGCCGCCCAUCGCACCAUCGCUGCUGGAGCAGGAGGUGCGCGAGGUGAAUGAGCGCGAGCGGGAACUGCAGCGCCAGCGCCUCAGCGUCUACGGCACCGCCGAGUUCAAGGAGCCCGCGCCCAGCCUAACUGCGAGCAGGGGCGACGGAAAGCUGGCGGUGAUCUGGCCUCCCCGCAGAAAGGCUUCGGAGAACGGUCUGGAGCAGGUGGGAACCCCUUUCCCCUCCUGCCUCAGGCGUUUGUCGCUGCCCCUCACCCCAACCCUCUGCGUGCGAGAACGCUGGGCUGGGGAAAGGACCCUCUGGGAAGUCACUCUGCGCUAGGACCCAAAGUCCCGGACGUGGCCCAGGGGUGUCGAGAAGGCGGUGGUCCUGGGGCCCAAACUGCCCCACCCGGGGCCUGGGUGUCCCCACUCGCGGUGCGCGGGCCCCCGAGGCAUGCCUUCGGUCUGGCCCCUCUCUCCAGGAGGAGCCGAAGCCUUGAGGUUCGAGCCGGCUGGGGUCCCCGGACGAAGGUAACAUGCCCGUCAGAGGACCCAGGCAGGGGCGCCCAGGAGUGCCCUCCGGAUCGGCGGAAGACCUAGAGAGGGGCUACAGGUCUGAGCCAGGAAGGACGCAAUCGAUCAGCCCCUCCUCGAACCUGACUUUGUGAAAUUGACCAGAAUCUUCUAUAAAACUGUUAGUCCCAAUGGGGAAACACCACUAUCACAACCCCGCCAGUAAAACUGCCCCGCCCUUCUCCACCUAACUGCAAACGGAGCUAGCCUCUCCUUCCGGCCUUGACUGUUAGAUAGGGGUCACCUCCUCGGCUGUCCCCACUCCCCAAUAAAGCCCCUUCUUUCUGGGCAGUGCAGGGCUGCUUUUUUCUGGGUCCUCUUCGUCUGCGGUGGGGUGGGGCGGGAGCGCGGCGAGAGGAGCAAGGCUUGAGAAAGUCGCCGGAGGCGCCGGCCGGAAUGCAGAAUGUCCCCUAUCUCCCUGUUCCAGGGCCGCAUAUCUCCCCCUGCCCGGCCGGGGCCCUAGUGCCCCCUGGCGACGCGGGCGCGAACUGCGGCGUUGGGACAAACGAACUCAUGCCCACCCUUUCCAGAUUUCGUCAACAUUUAUUGGUGCCAAACCACAUGCCCCGCGCAGGGUGCUGGCUAGACAGAGGUGAUAAGAGGUUGUUCCCGCCCUUGGGGACAUAAACAAUGGCUACAAAAAAAAGGGAGUGGUAUUGGUUCAAGCUCCUUAGUAGGGCAUGCAAGGCCAUUUAUAAUCUGCCUAGCAAUUGCAAACCUCACAUGCCUACAGACCUUAGGCAGAUAUUAAGAGAGAGACAGGGUGUGCUGUAAAACAAAUGCCUCAUUUCAACAGGCAGGUAGGUGUUCUUCCAUAUCACCAGUGCUAUGAGUGAGUGAGCUUAGUGGUGUCAAGCUUCUGCUUUCCAAAAGCAACUGGAGGGAAUUCCCUGGUGGUCCAGUGGUUAAGAUUCUGUGCUUUCACUGCCCAAGGCCUGCGUUCAAUCCCUGGUCUGGGAACCAAGAUCCCACAAGCCCCAUGGUGCAGCCAAAAAAAUAAAAAACAAACAAACAAAAAACCCCCAAAGCAACUGGAAGUCCAGGCUUUAAAAGAGAAAUCUACCAAACUUUAAUUGUGACUAUUUAGAAAACUUUAAUUGGUGGGGGGCAGGAGGGGACAGCAAGCAACACCUGUUUGCAGUCGGGCUUAUGGCUGUCAAUUGGCAAGCCCUCCUUAAUUUCCCUCUGUCCCAAGACAAGGGGUCCAAGGCUCCCCUGGAUGGGAUUCAAGAUAAGCUGUAAGACUGCAUCUGUGCAGUAUAUUCUGCAGUGUUAGUGUAUCAGCUUCUUAGAGGUGCGCUGAGACCAAGAAAAGACUUUUAGAAUCAUUGUUUAAACUCCUGGAUUUGUCCAAUUCUGUAUGCCCUGGGUCUAGCUCACACAGCACUGCACCCCAACAGUAGCUCAGCCCAAGGACCCACCCCUGACCCCAUCAUCAGCACACUGACCACAUGGUUGACCAUGACUCUGGGAGGUACAGAGAGAAAAGCAGGAAAGAGCCAGCACUGCCAAAGUGGAAAAUGGAAACGCCAAGAACCUGUUCUUAAUCCCCCCAGCAGGGGAGCUAAGAAUUAAGUAUGUAGGGUUAACAGAACUGCUUAAGUGUAGGCCUGGGUUCUCUAACUUUCUUGCAUAUUAAAAUCACCUGAGGCACCCUUAUGCCAAAUAAAUCAGAAUCUGAUAGAGGCCUUGGCAUCAGUAAAGCUCCCCAGGUGCUUCUAACAUGGAGCCAAGUUUGAGAGCCAUGAGGUCGAUGUAGGCUAGCAUUUCUCAAAGUGUGGCAUCUGGACGAGCAACGUCAGCAUCACUUGGGAACUUGUAAGAAACACACAUUCUUGGGCUCCAUCCCAGACUUAAUGACCAAACCCUCCACAUGACUCUGAAGUUAGAGAAUCAUGGGUGUAGACAGGACCCAAGAAAUUAAGCCUGUUUCCUUCCUCUCUGUGUUGUCACCACCCACCAGAAAUCUAGUUUUAAGUGGCUUGUGGAUUUGUCUUAAGGGAGAUAGAUUAAAUCUGCAUGUCGCUAGUCCAAAUUGAGAUGUUCUGUAAGUGUAAAAUACACAAAAGAUUUUUAAAACCUAGGACAAAAAAAGAGGGCUAUCUCAUUAAUAAUUUCUUACAUUGAUUAUAUGUUGGAAUAAUAUCUUGGAUAUAUGAAGUUAAAUAAAAAUAUCACUAAACUUAUGACCUCUUUAUUUUUCUAAUGUGGCUACUAGAAAAUUUGAAAUUACAUAUGUGACUCGCAUUUGUGGCUCAUUUUAAAUUUCUAUUGGACUGGGCUAGUCUAAACAGUGGAGGGGGGCCUCAAAUCCGUGUCAGGGAACUUCAGAACCCCUUUGGACCCGUUCAGACCUGGGUUGUGGACUAAAAAAUCCUUGAUGCAGUCAGAAACUGUCACCAGAAGCCUCCAAUCCCACCCCGAGUGAACAAGGCUUUUGGUCCAGUCCUGAUUUACUUCACCUCUCACGUUCUUUUUUGUCACUUGUAAACUGGGAUAAUCAUAAUACUUAUGAUAAUACUAUGUACCAGGGACUAUUAGGUAAGCGAGUGUUUUGCUCCACGAAGCAGGGCUCCAAGUCUCUCCUCCCACUCUGAAAAUGCUAGGGGGAACCAAAAGGUGUCCCUUAGUUUAAAGCGGGGGGUUGCUCGCAGCUGAGUGACAGCCGGGUCAGCAAGGACACCCCUCCCCUCACAAGUGACCAGUUGCUAUCAGAAGAACCCAGCUCAGGUCCAGGCUCCGCCACUUGGUCGCCGUAGCUCUCGGCAGGCGAGUUCACCUCUCAACCCGUGUCUUCUCUCCGGUCCAAGGUUGGGAUGAGGCUUAGCGACCCUAAGUUGGAUUGCCUCCAGGCUCUCCCGCCCAGCCCGCGCCCCGGACACUCCAGGGGGUACGGCGACCUGCACAAGACAAGACCGAAAAGCUGGAAGAAAAGAUCUAACCUCGGCUC